GCUCCAGCAAGAACCAACAAGCACCUCCCUCUCUCUCUCUCUCUCUCUCUCUCUCUGUGUGUUAGAAAAAUGGUGUUUUUGGAAGAGGCCCUUCAAAGAUUGGUGGGUUUGGGAUGGUUCUUCACUAGUGCUCCUAUGGCAUCAGCCAUCUUCACAGUGUUGGCCGUAGUAGGAGGAAUGAUUGGUUACUUGUAUGGGCCAUACUGGGGGGUGAGAAGGGUACCUGGCCCACCGGCCAUGCCAUUUGUAGGGCACCUUCCCAUGCUGGCUAAGUAUGGCCCUGACGUCUUCUCAGUUCUUGCAAAACGAUAUGGUCCUAUUUUCAGGUUUCAUAUGGGUAGACAGCCACUGAUAAUUGUAGCAGAUCCGGAGCUUUGUAGAGUGGUAGGGAUAAAGAAAUUCAAGGAUUUCCCGAACAGAAGUAUACCAUCUCCUAUCUCAGCCUCUCCUCUUCAUCAAAAGGGACUGUUCUUCACCAGGGAUGCAAGAUGGUCAACCAUGCGAAACACAAUAUUAUCAGUCUACCAGCCAUCACACCUUUCCAGCCUGAUACCCACAAUGCAAUCAUUUAUUGAAUCUGCAACUCAAAAUCUUCACUCAUUUAAAGAUGAAGACAUCACUUUCUCAAACCUUUCCCUCAAAUUGGCCACUGAUGUAAUCGGACAAGCAGCCUUUGGCGUUAACUUUGGCCUCUCUAAACCGCAGUCAAUCAGUGAUUCAGUUAAAAUUGUGGACAACCAAACUGAUGAUAAGGAAGUUCACGACUUCAUUAACCAACACAUCUACUCUACAACACAACUGAAAAUGGACUUAUCGGGCUCCUUUUCAAUCAUAUUGGGUCUACUUGUCCCUAUACUUCAGGAACCAUUUAGACAGAUCUUGAAGAGACUACCUGGCACAAUGGACUGGAAAGUUGAGCGCACUAAUCAGAAACUGAGUGGCCGGCUGAAUGAGAUUGUGGCAAAGAGAAUGAAAGAUAGGGAUAGAAAUUCAAAGGACUUCUUGUCACUCAUAUUGAAUGCAAGGGAGUCACAAACAGCAUCGAAGAAUAUCUUCACCUCAGACUACAUUAGUGCGGUUACUUAUGAGCACCUACUCGCUGGAUCGGCCACCACAUCAUUCACGCUGUCUUCAGUUGUGUAUUUGGUUGCUGGACAUCCAGAAGUCGAGAAGAAGAUGCUUGUGGAGAUUGAUGCAUUUAGUCCACCUGAUCAGAUACCAAGCAGUCACGAUCUUCAGAACAAAUUCCCUUACCUUGAACAGGUCAUUAAAGAGGCAAUGCGGUAUUACAUUGUUUCUCCACUAGUUGCGAGAGAAACAUCAAAAGAAGUACAGAUAGGAGGGUAUCUUCUUCCAAAGGGGACAUGGGUCUGGCUAGCACUCGGAGUUCUCGCAAAAGAUCCAAAGAACUUCCCAGAGCCAGAGAAGUUUAGACCAGAGAGGUUUGACCCAAAUUGUGAAGAAGAAAAACGAAGGCAUCCCUACGCUUUUAUACCCUUCGGAAUUGGGCCUCGAUCAUGCAUUGGUCAGAAAUUCUCCCUGCAGGAAAUAAAGCUCUCACUGAUUCAUUUAUACCGGAAAUAUGUAUUUCGACAUUCACCCAACAUGGAAAAACCCCUUGAUCUUGAAUAUGGUAUCGUUCUCAACUACAAGCACGGUGUAAAGCUUAGAGUCAUCAUGCGAAAAUGAAAUUUGUAUAGACAUGGCUAGGUAAACUUCUCUGUCAUCCUUGCGGUGCACUCAAUAAGUCACUUGAGAUUGUCUCGGUUUCAAAAAAUUCAAUAAAUCGUCUCGAUUUUGGUUCAAACUAAUUAUUACCAGAAGAUCUUCUAAGAAGACAAA